UAUAGGUAAGUGGCAGUAUUUCUCGACGAUCAUGUUUAAUACUGUGCGAUGAUCCGACUGUUAGCGGCACAGCUUAUGGCAAACAAGAAGACUUUCCUGAAGUUUGGCCUAGUAGCUGAUAUUCAGUAUGCUGAUAUUGAGGAUGGAUACAAUUGGAAUAGAACCAGGAAACGUUACUAUAGACCAGCGUUAAGUCUUCUAAAGAAAGCCAUGAAGGACUGGAAACAAAAUGACGUCAAAUUUGUCCUUCAGCUUGGCGACUUAAUUGAUGGAUUCUGUAAACGCACAGAAGAACCGAAUGCAUGUCUGAAUCGUAUUGUAGAUAUUUUUGACGAGGGAAAAUGGCCGGUAUUACACGUUGUUGGGAAUCAUGAACUAUACAACUUUAGCAAAGAUAGUUUAUACAAAUCAAGAUUAUUUAAAAGUCUACCUCCUACGAAUAAAGCAUACUAUACUUGGCAGCCUUGUGAUGGACUCAAAAUAUGCGUUUUGAAUAUUUACGAGAUAUCAGCUCUUGGAGAAAGAGACGAUUCAGCGAGAUACAAAAUAGUUAAAUCCUUUUUAGAUGAACGGAAUCCAAACGAAAAUAAAAAUGAUCCGACGGGUCUGAAAUCAGUUGAUAGACGAUUUGUGCGCUUUAAUGGGGCGAUGUCAAAACACCAGUUGGAAUGGCUAACGAAGGAACUGACGUUAGCUAAAGAACAGAAACAGAAUGUCAUUGUUAUAGGUCACAAUCCAGUGUACUCUCAAGUUACAGAUGGUCAGUGUUUAUGCUGGAAUUACACAGAUGUACUCGAAGUAUUAUCUGCAUGUCAUUCCUCGGUCGUUUGUUAUAUUAGCGGACAUUCUCAUGAAAGCGGUUACGCAGUCGAUCAGAGUGGAAUUCAUCAUAUAACGCUGCCAGGAGUUAUAGAAUAUCCAGACUCUUAUGCUGUUGGUAAUUUGUUAGAAGAUACACUUGUCAUUCAGGGAAGGGGAGAAAUGUUUGACGUGGUUUGUCCGUUAAGAUUUAAGUUGAACUGUUGACUGCUAUAGAUUUUAAGAACUUGUCUACACAGAUCAGUGCAAUACAUUUUUAUUUCUCAUAUAUAACUUUGCAAAAAGCAGAAUAAUAUCAAGAACCAUUAUUCAUUUUGUUAUUCAUGUGGAUUGUAUCCUACAUUUUUAUAGAACAUGAACUUACUACUUUUAAAAAAUUUAUAAAAAAAAUAAUAUACAUUUAAACAUGCAUAAGCAACUCUUAGAGAUGUUCAUGUGCAUUUAGGAACAAAAGAACCGUGUGACACAUUUUCUGAUUUUCGGUGACGUAAGAGU